AUGCGUUUUCUCUUUUCAGCGCAUUAUAAAGUGAUUUCCAUUUUAAAGACAUUUUAUUUAACCAACAAAGCAACGAAACAUUAUUUAAAUCGAGGAUUAAAUAAAUUUGCAAUUACAAUUCGUCACAAGUCUCGUCUUUCUUAUCGUGAUUAUUUGGUGAAACGAUCAAAACGUAUUGCUCAAAUGGCUAAUGAUCCUUUAGUUUGGAUAGAUUGUGAAAUGACUGGGCUUGAUGUAGAAAAUGAACAUAUUAUUGAAAUUGCCGUCUUGAUAACUGAUGGAAAAUUGAAUGUUUUAGCAGAGGGACCGGAUCUUGUGAUUAAUCAAUCACAAGAAACAAUGGAUAAAAUGAAUGAUUGGUGCAAACAACAUCACGGUGAAUCAGGAUUAACAGCGGCAGUCUUAUCGUCUACGAUUACCACAUCAGAUGCGUCCGCUCAAAUUUUAGAAUUCUUAAAAAAACAUAUUCCCAAAAAAGGAUGCGCACCUUUGGCAGGAAACAGUGUUUAUGCGGACAAAAUGUUUUUGAAAAAGGAAAUGCCUGAAGUGGUUGAUUGGUUACAUUAUAGAAUCGUUGAUGUCAGCAGUAUUAAGGAAUUAUGUAGAAGAUGGUAUCCUAGUAUUUAUGAGACCGUACCAACCAAGAAUGCUACUCAUAGAGCAUUGGAUGAUAUCAAAGAGAGUAUUAAUGAAUUAAAAUUUUAUCAAAAACAUAUUUUCAUUGACGAAAGUAUUAUUAACUCGGCAGCGAGUAAGAAAAGAAAGGAAGGAUAG